UUAAAGACAGGGUUUAGAACUGACUAUUAAAAUAUUUGAAACAGAGUUGGAGUUGGAGUUGAAGUUGGAAACUAGUUCUUAUAUGUCUGAAAGGAAAGGGGAUUAUAUUUCUAGAUUUUAAUUUACUGGUGAAUGUCUUUUACCUGCCACCAUUCUUAAGGCUAUGAUAUCAUCUUUUGAAUUAUUAAACACUUUUUUUAUCUCACUGAAAGCAUGUUUUCAGUUACCUUAAAUUUAACUUGCAUAUCUGCUUGAGUAUCUAUCCUCUCAAAGAAAGAAGAAUACAUUUUUUACUGAAGCAUCGGCGGUUGUUGUUGACAGGUACCAGAGACGCUCCAAGAAGAUGUGCUCUCUAAAAUGAGUGCACCACCAAAGAGUGAUGCUCUAAUUAUCACCCCCAGCGAUCUUGCGGAGGCUGAUGGCUUUGUCUUUGGCUUCCCAACAAGGUUUGGUAUGAUGGCUGCUCAGUUCAAGGCAUUCUUAGAUGCAACUGGUGGCCUUUGGAGGACUCAGCAACUCGCUGGUAAGCCAGCCGGGAUCUUCUACAGCACAGGGUCUCAAGGUGGUGGUCAAGAAACCACCGCAUUAACUGCCAUUACUCAGCUGGUUCAUCACGGUAUGAUAUUUGUACCGAUUGGCUACACGUUUGGUGCUGGUAUGUUUGAGAUGGAGAAGGUGAAAGGUGGAAGCCCGUACGGUGCGGGGACAUAUGCGGGAGAUGGGUCGAGACAGCCAACGGAGUUGGAGUUGGAGCAAGCAUUUCACCAGGGGAAGUACAUCGCUGCCAUAAGUAAGAAGCUCAAAGGACCUGCUGCUGCUUAGAGCUCUCUCUCAAAAGAUGGAUUCUAUUUAUAUAUUCUUGAUUCUUUGUUUCUACAAUUUGGCAUUUUGUGUUUUCUCGUUUUUGGAAUUAUCCAACAAUGAAAUGAGUUAUAGCUUCAGUUCACAGCAAUAAAACACCAUUGCUUUGAAUUGUAUGUGUUUAUGUCAAUGGAUCAAUGGGUCUUUCUAUGUUGACGGAAUUAAUCAAACAAAUGAAUUGACUAUGGUAUUUCUAAGGCCAAUUAAUUGAAAUUAUCAGCCCAACAUAUCUUUAGUAGGUUACUGACUGUGGAAAAUUAUCUUGUAAUAGGUUAAGGCCUUCUCGCUAAUGCAUAUGAUGAUUGUCUCUUAAUCC